AUGGACUUCUUUGGCAUGAUACAGGAUUUACACCACAUGGGUCGUGCGUGGCUGUGGUUGGAGUCCAAUAAAGAGUCUCCCAUUGAGUCUGUGAAGAGCAGUGGCUGCCUGUCUCUCAGCAGCUCCUGGGACUCCAGCCUGGAGCUGGAGGUGGGGAGCUGGAGGAUGACUGAAGAGGUUGCUGUGGAGGAAGAAGAGGAAAGUCAAGAAGAAGAGGCUUGCAGGCUGGAGUCCAGGGAACCUCUGGUAUGGGAGGAUGGCAGUGAAGAGCUCCAGGAAGAGGCAGGGCAGUGUGAACAAGACAGGAACUGCAGAAGACUCUUGGAGGUGAUCCACCUCAUGGAACCCCUCUGCAUUAGUGGCACAGGCUCAGAACAGAAUCACUGGGCUUCCUAUGGCUCUGGGCAGCAAGAGGAAAGGGAAGUCCUGAGCUUCAAGGAAGAAAUGGUGGGACCGCUAGUCCCAAGAGAGGAGGAAAAGCAGCUGCAGCUCCUGAUAGAAGAGGCUGGGGAACUGCACGUCCCAGGAAGAGAGGUGGAGGAGGAGUGGGUACCACAGGUCUCAGGAGAGCUGCAUGUCCUGGGCUGGGAGGCUGGAGAACCUGAGGAACUGCAGAUUCUAGGAGAGGAGACAGGAGAGCCCCAGGUCCCAGAAGGGAAGGAAGGGGAUUCAAGAGAGCAGAGGGAGCUGCAGUUUCCAGUGGAGAAUGCAGGAGAACUGGAGGAGGAAGAGAAGAACCGGAAGCUGCUUCUGGAUGAGACUUCCUCAGACAUGAGUGCAUUGGAGAGGGCGCUCCCAGGCACUGUGAAGGCUGAUGUUCUGGAGCAGCUUAAAGAACAUGCUCAGGGCGAGAGCCACUUGUUGGAGGAAUACAAUGAUCUCUUCCUAAACAAUGACGGCGAUAGCUGCAGUCCUUCUAGAGCGUCCCUGGUGGACUCCAGUCUCAUGAGCCGAACCUCCUCACAGUUGGUGCCUCUCAGCUGCGCUAACCCACUGCGACAUUUGCUUUUCAAAAAGACGUUGCUGUCCAUCUGGAAGAUGAUAGCCAGCCACAGGUACUGUGGCCUGUUCCUGAAGCCAGUGUCAGACAAGCAGGCUCCUGGGUACAAGGAUGUGGUGAGAAGCCCCAUCCCCUGGUCCGAUACCUCCAAGAACCAGCAGGCAAGAUGGCAGGUGGGGGACGAUAAAGGGAAACACGCCCACACCUUGUAG